AUGCUGACAUUCUGUCCUAAUUGCGGCAAUUCCUUGACCAUCUCUCGCGGAGAGCCGACCCGCGACUACCCCCUGGGAGUCAACCGAUUCGAGUGCCGCACUUGCCCCUACCAGCAUAUCCUGAAGAAUGGCCGGCAGGAAAAGACUAUCAUGAAGCAGAAGGAGGUGGAGGAUGUGCUUGGCGGCAAGGAAGAGUUUGCGAAUGCCGAUAGCAUGGCCACUCAAUGUCCCGCGGAGGACUGCAAUGGCGAUCGUGCAUACUUCUUCCAGCUGCAGAUUCGGAGUGCGGAUGAACCUAUGACUACAUUCCUGAAGUGUACUACGUGUGGUGCCCGAUGGAGAGAAAACUGA